CUAGUGAUUCAAACUGUUUCCAACCUAUGUCGGUAACCGCGUUGUUCAAGAGCUUCAUCAUGAGUUCGUUUAUAAAAACAGUCUUAGCAGUCUAGUAGAAUAUAGAAUCGAACUUGAAUUUACUUCGUAGUAUAGUGGGAUGAUGAAGAAAACAUGUUUGGUUGAUUGAAAGGAAGAGAAAUAAUGUUACAGAAUACGAGACAGGAGACAAAAAAAAUGUGCGAUAAAUAUGUUAUCGGCUAUUGGGUACGUGAAAAAAAACGACAAAAAUUAAACUUCGACGAUUUUGAGAAAGUAUGUAGAACAGAAGGAUUUUCAUUAAAAUUAGUAGAUAUUUACUCAAGUUUAGAAUCACAGGGACCACUUCAUGUAUUUCUACAUAAACUGGUGGAUCUAUUAGCACAUGCUGAAGGUGGAAAUGGAAAUGCUAUAAACGUUACGUCGAAACUGCAAGAAUAUAUCGAUAAACAUCCUGAAUUAAUAGUUAUAGAUCCCUUGGAGAAUGUUAAGAAAUUGCAUAAUCGAUACAAAUAUUAUAAAAUUAUCCAAGAAAGCAUACACUUUAAUGACGUAUUUAUUCCAAAUUUUGUAGAAUUGAAGAGUACAAAUGUUCUUGAAAAUAUGCGCAUUUUAAAACAGAGCGGAGUUAAGUUUCCUUUUGUUUGUAAAUCGCUUCUUGCUCAUGGAUCAAGUGAUGCACACAAGAUGAUGGUUAUUUUCAACUCAAAAGAUUUAAAAGACUGCCAACCUCCAUGUGUUGCUCAAGACUUUGUCAAUCAUAAUGCCAUUUUAUACAAACUAUUUGUAGUUGGAAAAAAUUUUCAUGUUGUUGAACGUCCAAGCUUGAGGAACUUUUAUUCGGAUGAUUGUGCAUCAUUAAGCACAUUGUUUUUUAAUACUCAUGAUAUAUCCAAACCUGAUUCUAAAUCAAAAUGGUCUAUACUGUCGGAGGAACAUAUACCUACAGUGGUCAAACCGAAUAUUGAAAUACUCGAAAAAAUCGUCAAAGGAAUUACCAAAAUAUUUGGGCUUCAUUUAGUUGGCAUUGAUAUCGUGAUAGAAAAUGAUACUAAGAAAUAUGCUGUUAUAGACGUCAACGUUUUUCCUGGUUAUGACGGAUAUCCAAAUUUUUUUCAGCAUUUAAUAGACAGUAUUAAACAACUUUUAACAGAACGUAAAGUUCUUAGACAAAAUUCUAAAAGUUGUACUUUAAAAAAGUCUCACAGCGAUGAUUUAGAUUCUGGUUUCGAAAGUGACGAGAAAAAAAAAUGUUCUACCAAGUAAAUAGAGAAUAUAUAAGUACACUCAUUUGCUUGUAUGUUUAAACAUCGCGUUUUUAUAUUUAUAAAAUUAAAAAUAUAAAUAGCGUUAAAAAUAAA